GCCCCUCACCCUCCGCUACACACGGCUCAGCAGCGCAUGCGCGGCUGGAGGCGAGCGUCCGUCGGCUGAGGCGAGGUCUCGGUUGCAUUCGUCUCCCGAAGGCAGUGCGGCACCAGGCAGGUGAGUGCGGGUGUCCGUUGAGCCGGUGCUGCUGCUGGAGCUCAGAGGGGCUGCGCGGAAGCCUCGCAAGGCUUUUUCACCGAGGGGGGCAGCUGUGCUGCCCUGCUGUUGCCCUGCGCCCGUCCGUGCGCGCCGCCGGCCGCCAUGUUGUACGUAGCAACAGUUGCUAGGGACCGGGUGGCCGCGCUGUGGUGCGAGGGGAGCCGGCGGUGUCGGCUUUAAAUUAUGGGUGAUGAGUCACUACCUUUUUUUAUGGACCAAGGAACCACUAAAACAUUUCAAAUACCCAUUAGCCACUUGGACUACAAGUUCAUUGAAAAAUGUACAGAUGUUAAACACCUGGAAAAGAUUCUCAGGAUAUUAAGGUCUGGUGAGGAGGGAUGUUAUCCUGAUCUUACAUUGUUUUGUGAAAAGCGUAUUGAGCACUUAGAUCCAAGGAGCAGGGCUCUGAGAAAAGAAAAACCUGCAGCCACAGCUUCUGAUUUCACAGCUGAAGAAUGGGAGACAAUUAAUGGUGAACUGAUGAGCUGGGUGACAGAAAUGAAUGAAGAUGAUAAGAAACCACAAUUCCUGAGAACAGAUCCACUAUAUGAAAGACAAGAUAAUUUGCCUCCUAUUCGUUGUUCCAGUUGUUUUCCUGCUAAUCAGAACAAAAAUUUACAAAACAAAGACAGAAACAAGAAAAACAUACCACGGGAUUACAGUGAAUGGGAAAAGUUUGAUGUGGAAAAGGAGUGUUCAAAAAUUGAUGAAAGCUGCGAAGAAAAUAACUCAAAAGCAAGAUUCUUUAGCAGGCCAAAUCUACCUGUCAUCAAAAAGAAAAUAGACACAACUGGCAUGACAAAGAAAGAGAAGAUUUUUAUUGCUACUCGUGAAAAAGAAAAGGGCAAUGAAGCCUUUGCCAGUGGUGAUUAUGUGGAAGCAGUGACAUAUUAUACUCGAAGUAUAUCAGUAAUACCCACUGCAGCUGCAUAUAACAACAAAGCUCAAGCAGAAAUCAAACUUCAGGACUGGAACAGUGCUUUGCAGGAUUGUGAGAAGGUACUAGAUAUGGAACCUGGCAACUUAAAAGCUCUUAUGCGUCGUGCUACUGUACACAGUCAGCUGCAGGAUUACCAGGCAGCUAUAGAGGACCUGAACAGAGUAUUACGGGUUGAACCACAAAAUGCUAUAGCUAAGAAAAAUCUGCUAGAGGUUGAAAAGAAACUGAAAGGUUUAAAGCCUGUAUCUGAGACUCAAGGCAAAGGAAAAAGGAUACUUAUUCAAGAUAUAGAGGAUUCAGAAGGUGAUGAAGAAAGAGGUAAAAAUACAGUUAAAUGUGAAAGAAGCAGUGGAAAUAAAAGAAUUGGCGUGCCAGUCGGAGGAGAGGCGGCUGCGGGAGAGGUUGCAAUGGGCAACGCGCAGAGGAAGUUUCAUAGCAAAGGAGGGGGCAGUAAGGCAGAGGACAGGGGGACACAGAAGCAGAAGGAAUCCACUGAGAGCAGAUUAAAAAAAGGCACAUCAGAAAAAAGUACACAGAGGCAGUUGUCAGACUGUGAAGGUGAAGUUAAUGGCUGUUUACACAGUGAUCAAAAAAGUGAAAGCCCUGAAGCUGAGGAGGUCUCCGGAUCGCUUGAAGCAGGUUCUCAGUCAGCUGGUGGUGGCAAUUCGGUUUCACUUCCUCCUGCUGCAGCAAAACUAAAAAGUGAAGGAAACGAGUUAUUUAAGAGUGGGCAGUUUGGAGAAGCUGUGUUCAAAUACUCGGAAGCAAUUGAGUUUGUCACUGGUCUAGGAGAGCAAAGUCCAGAUGAUUUAAGUAUCUUGUACUCAAACAGAGCAGCAUGUUACCUCAAAGAAGGGAACUGCAGUGACUGCAUUCAGGAUUGUAACAGAGCUCUGGAGCUUCAGCCGUUUUCCCUUAAGCCUCUUCUACGACGAGCAAUGGCAAACGAGUGUAUGGAGCGAUAUCGACAGGCAUACAUUGAUUAUAAAACAGUCCUACAAAUAGACAGCAGCAUCCAAGCAGCAAAUGAUAGUGCUACUAGAAUAACAAAGGCAUUAAUAGAUCAGGAUGGUCCCAGUUGGAGGGAGAAACUGCCACCAAUUCCAGUUGUCCCAGUUGCUGCUCAGCUACACAGAUGGGAUGGAGGAAACUUUACUUCAGAAAAUAUGCCAAGAUGUCCUACAGAGAGCAAAAGAGAAGAGUUGUCGAUGAAUCGUGAGGAAGCUGAGCAGAAGUUCAAGACUUUAAAAACUGAAGGGAAUGGUUUUGUAAAAGAGGGUAAAUAUGAAGAAGCUGUAAACAAAUACAACGAAUGCAUGAAGUUAAAUACCACAGAAUGUGCAAUCUACACUAACAGAGCUCUCUGUUACUUGAAACUGUGUAAAUAUGAAGAGGCUAAGCAGGAUUGUGAUCAUGUUCUUCAGAUAGAAGAUUCUAAUAUUAAAGCUUUUUACAGAAGAGCACUAGCGUACAAAGGAUUACAGAAUUAUCAAGCCAGCGUUGAUGAUUUGAACAGAGUACUUCUAAUAGAUCCAAACAUUCUUGAAGCAAAAAAGGAGCUAGAGGAGGUAACCCAGCUGCUUAACGUUGACAGCAGUGCUGCAGCUGGCAGUCAAGAAAAGCAAAGGAAGAAAAUAACCAUCCAAGAGGUGACUGGAUCUGAUGAAGAAGAAGAGAGACCGUUUGCUACAUCAGAUGUGACUGAUGGCAUUACUUCUAAGGAAGCAGUUCAGGAGAGUGUGUCACUGAAGACCUCUGAGAAACUGCCGAUUUCUGAACCAACUAAUGCUUACGACUUCGGUCAGAUUAUAAAUGCAGUGAAUAGCAAUAAUGAUAAAGCUGCUUGUGCAGAUCUUUUAACAGUUACUGAUCCCAAAAAACUGCCAGUGCUGCUAAGUAACAAACUUGAAGGAGAAAUCUUUCUGUUUUUCAUCCAGUCAUUGGAAUAUUAUGUAGUUGGAAAAGAUCCUGGUCUUGUAUAUCAGCACCUUUUCUACUUGAGCAAAGCAGAAAGAUUUAAGGUGGUGCUGGCCCUUCUUAGCAAAAAUGAGAAGGAACAGGUUCAACAACUGUUCAGUUUACUUCCAGAAAACCAGAAUAAUCAGUACUCUUCAGAAGAUCUUGAGAGCCUUAAAAAGGUUUAUGAACUUUAAGAACUUAAAAUUUAUUGGUUGCAUGCAUAUGGUUGAUGUUUAGAAGAUGGAUGUUUGAACUCUGAAGACUUGCAUGGGUUGCAGUGGGUCUUUACCCAGGCUGUUUGAAUUCUAUUUUGUUUUGACAGCAUAUGCACAUUUAAAAUUUGCUCUUUUUUUGUUUGUUUCUUAUAGUUGUAUACAUUUUUAAUCUCCAGAAUUUAAUGCAUAUCAUUGUGUUCAGUAGCAGAGUUCAUGUAGUUUAGCAUACUGAUUUUAUUUAGACUGGUUUAAUUAUAUAUAUGAAAAUAUAUUUUACACUAGGUAUAUAAUGUGAAAUGUCUUGAUGGUACAAUAGAGAGCACUGUUAGUCAUCACUUGUUAUAUCAUUUUGUGAGUUGUAUGUUCUUGUGAUAAAGAAACGUCUUCAAACUAAACGGGUCAGUUAGCAAUAGCUUUGCUAAUAUGAGUUUACAAAAAGUAUUAACAUUUUGCAGAUACAUUACUUAGGCUGCCUGUUUCUUCACUGUCCUUUGUCUAUACAAAAUGGAUUUAAAUACUAUUUCUGUAACGCAGAUAAGCAGCAAAGGUGAAUGAAUAAUAUGUUAGCUUGUCAUGGAACACUUUAAAUCACAAUAAUUAAUUAUUAAAUAAUUAUUAAAUAGGUAUGGGUUUUGGCAAGCAAUUAGUUUUCAGUGCAGAGAAUUCUGCUUUUUCUCUGUGUGUGGAAGGACCAUUGGUUCAUGUGGCCUUUGAGGUGGCAGUUACAGGCAGAACAAGCGGCUGCGCUUAGCAGUAAAAAUACUUAACUCUGAGUUCCUUAAUCAGAUUAUUUCAGACACCAGCUAUUUCUGUUUACAGACAUUGAUAAAGCCAAAAGUAAAACCAUUCUGUGGACCAGUAUGACUUUUUUUUUUUAUUUCAGGCAGGACUUUCAUGUUUUAUAUUGGAUUCUGACAAAGCUCCUUUUUUAAAGAUAAAGCUCUUAAAAUACCCCAAUGCCUUCUUUGCACAUGUGAUACAAAUGUCAAACUCACUGGCACUGUAGAGACAGCAGCAAGAAUGUUAUUCUAAUGAAAAUAUUUCUCAGGUGUAGAUUAACUGAAAAAAAAAAAAUAAAGGUUUUUUUUUCUUGAAAAG